UUACAUUUUUGGGUCGUUAUGGCUAUCGAUAGAUGAUGAUACGAACGUACAAGUCAGAACAGGUUAUUUGUAGCUAUUAAGUUUUGAUUUAAUGGUUAUUGUGUUUUGGAUUGGUGAAUAUUUGUUGACAAUUGUGAUUAAAAAUGUCUGUUAAUCGGAAGCAGCCAAAAUACUUUUUGGUUCUUUUUUCAAACAGUAAAUCUGACAAGGAACUUGACAUUGUCCCAGCUAAUUGGCUAAUUUACAUUGAUAAGAAUGAUACUUGUCGGUGUAAAUUUAUGCCUGGGCCAUAUGACCGGACUAAAUAUCGUUUGCUUCAAUCUAUGAUUAAAAAAUGCGAAGAUCCAUCACCGGACUGGCCUGAUUACUCAGUAGAAAUUCGAGGAAGAGCAGAGAAUUAUAAGGAAGCUGAGGAAAGAUUAGCAGUGUUACAAGUUAAGCCGUACGCGUACACGACAGAAAAUGAUGAAUCAGCAAAAUUACAAGCUCUUCAAGAUAAAAAAUUCCUCAAAAUAAAAACGACAACAAACAGUUCUAAUGAAUUAAAAAAUAAGUUGAAUUCAGUUAAUUUGAAGUUUAAUGAUUCAAAAUCGUUAGGUAAAAAAAAAUCACCAAGGACUAAAAAAAACAGGAGAGAUAGCAGCAAUUGAUAAAGCCAUUAAAUAUGCUGAAGAUUCGACAAGAUUCAGUAAAUCAUUUACCGAUGAAAAAGAAAAUUCGCGUGAUUCAUCGCUUCUUAAUUCGUCAGGUGAUUCCUCGCUAGCAAAAUUCCGAUCAGAAGUGGUUCUAAGAGAGCCAUCUUAGCAAGAGACAAGAUUAAUGAAAAAUCAAAUUUGAAUAACAGUAAAAGUAGCAACAGUAGCUACGAAAACUCGUUUAGCUACGGAGACCUCAGCAAUUUUUCAGUUUCUUCAUCUUCAUCCAGCACUGAAAAGCCAUCAAAAACCAAGUUAAAUUCAGUUACUUCAAAGUUAAAUAACUUAAAAUCGUCGAGCAAAAAAAAAAUUACCAAGGAUUCAAAAAAAAAGGGCAUGAAAUUACGAUGGACAGUAAAUAUUCUAAAGACCCGUCAACACUUAGUAAAUCACCUAACAAUGAUAAUGAAAAUACGCGUGAUUUGUUGCCUCAGAAAUCGUCUAAUGGAACUCGUGAUUCCUCGUCAAUAAAAUCUCCAUCAAAUCAACUUGAAAGGAGAGGCUUACCACCAAGUAAUGAUACUACUAAAAAAUUAAAGCUUGACAAUAAUGAAAGGAACAACAGCAACUCUGAAAAUUUAUUUAAAUAUGAGGACUUUAAUAAAUCUCCAGAACGAUCUGAUUUAUCAACCGUUGCGUUAGCAAUUAAUAAUAAUAAGCCGAUACGUAAUAAAUCGAUAUGUAUUGGAGAAGAUUCGUCCGUAAAUACUAGUGUAAUUCUUAAACACUAUAUUAGCAUCGGCAAACAGAUUGGCCAAAUAAAUAGCCACUUGGUCCAAAAUACUGUAGAGUUACAAGAACUUUCUAAUGAGAUAAAAAGUGCCAAAAAAAUUUGGAAAAAUAAAUGUUCUUGCGAUCAUUGUUACUACACUGACGUCGAUAGCAGUGACAGCAAUAAAAAUAAUGAUGAAUCUGGAGAGGAUGAUACAAAACAAUUUGAUUUUCCUAUAGAAAAUAAAAUAAUCUUUAACGAUUUUAAUAAACAGCUUGAGACUAAUCCAAGCUAUCGUAAUAAACUGAUUAAACGCUUGAAUCAAUUGGUCAAUAAAAAAGACACUUUAAAUAAAAACAUGACUACAGUGAUAAAAACUUAUAUUACACGAGGGCUUGCUAUGCUGUAUGUUCCAUCAAAAUCAUCCAAGACUAAUAACAAGCCAGUAUUUAAAGACACUCGUUUUUACGAUUGCGUUGCAAUUGUAAUGCGGCAAAAAUUAAAUUCAAGUUCAGGAAGUGAGCUGAGUGAUAAAGAAAUCAUAGAUUCCAUGGCUGCGACAAUUCGCAACGCUCGUGACUGGGACACGGACAUCGAUUGUUAAGAAUCCAACAGCGUCAACAAUCUAUUGAAGAACAGCAUCAAUAAUUUUUUUAUUUUUACCAAAACUUUUAAAACAAGAUAUUGAAUUUUGAGUUCAACUUAUUUGCUUAAUUAUAAU